AUGGAUCAACUACUUGGGUUUGUUGAUCCCUCUAAGCGUACUAUGGUCUGUAAACUACAUAAGGCUCUUUAUGGCUUAAAGCAAGCACCAAGAACAUGGUUCUCUACAUUUUCUAGAUUUCUUCUUUCUCAAGGUUUCCUUCAAAGCAAAUGUGACUCCUCUUUAUUUGUCCGCAAGACCACUUCUUCUAUCACUUAUCUUCUCAUCUAUGUUGAUGACAUUCUCCUCAUUGGCACUAAUGAAGAAUUUAUUCAGACUCUUCUCAUCCACAUGCACAAGGCAUUUUCCAUGAAGGAACUUUGUCACAUCUCCUAUUUUCUAAGCAUUUUGGUUCAGUCUUCUCCUCAUGGCUAUUUUCCUUCCCAAUCAAAAUAUGCUACUGAUAUUUUUGCGAAGGCCGGAAUGAAGGAUUGUAAACCUUGUGCUACUCUUGUCUUUCUCAAACCCCCUCUUCUUCCCCAUGCUUCUCUUCUAUUCUCCCAACCUUUUCUCUAUCGUAGUAUUGUUGGCGCUCUUCAGUAUCUUACCAUUACAAGGCAUGAACUCUCCUAUGUUGUUAACUUUGCUUGCCAGUACAUGCACUCUCCUACCAAUUGCCAUUUUGCUGCUGUCAAACGCAUUCUACGAUAUGUUCAGGGCAUUUUGUCUCAUGGUUUGCACUUUCAGCCCAGUAAUUUUCAUCUUCAGGCUUAUAGUGAUUCUAACUGGGCUGGUGAUCUAUCUGAUCGUAAAUCCACUUCUGGGUAUUGUGUUUAUUUGGGUGCCAAUCUCAUCUCAUGGUCUUCUAUGAAACAAUCCACAGUAUCCCGUAGCUCCACCGAAGCUGAGUAUCGUUAUUUAGCUCAUACCACUGCCAAAUUAACCUGGUUGCAAAUGUUGCUUGCUGAAUUUGCUAUACCCCAACCUUCUCUUCCUGUGCUAUGGUUCAUCAUGUUGGUUAGAAGGGCUAGCAAGGCCGAAGUUAGAGAAAGGAUAGAUUGGGUUACAGAUGCUUUAAAUGCAACAAGAGCAGUUGUGGAAGAGGGAAUUGUUCCAGAUUCCUACUUAUUUCCCUCUAGAAACAUUGCAACAAAAGAGGUAACUUCAUUAGAGGUAACUUCAUCUGAGAUAAGAAAUGCAACAGGGUUAGUUACCCCAGCUAUUGCUGCGAGUUUAGGUGCCUUAACACAUACAUUGGGCAUCUUCGUCCCUGUGAUAGGAGCAAGUGGAUUUGCUACAGCUGCAGUUGCAACUGUUAUAGGAACUGUUGUCGGUAGUUUUAGAUAA